CUCUACUAACUGGCUGUUUUUACCUCAAAGAAGAUGAGGAGCAGAAGAGUGAAGCUGAAAGAGAGGGUCCAGCUAUUGAACUGUCAGAAGAGAACCAUAAUGAGAAUGCAGCCAUGAAGACAGUAGGAACCUCAGCCAAGAGUUCAGGACAAAAUGGUGAAAAGUCACAGAAAGAUUUGGACAAAAUCGUCCAGAACAGCAAACACCAAAGAGAGACUCAGAUAUUGCUAACCAGACUGCAGCUUCAAGAUGAAUAUCCAAGGAAGAUGUCCCCAGGAAAAUUUCUUCAAGUUGGUCCACCUUUAAAACUGCACCAAGACACAUCUGAGAAAGAUUUAGCAUAUUCUUUUCUUCACAGGUUGAUAAUGUUAGAUUACCGAACCAGAUACAUUCCUGUUGAACAAGACAGUAAUUGUCUUGACGUCACUUGUUCAAAGCCUGUUCUUGACUCUGAUGGCAAUGAUUCUGAUGAAAGUGACAUGGAGUCCUUUCUGAGUGCUAGUGUUGGCACAAAUCAGCCAAGUCAGACUCAUGUGCAUCCAAUGGAUGUUCAGAUGGCAGUAUUUCACUCCUCAGACAACGUCCUCAGACAGAUCAUGAUUACUAAGCUUUCCCAGUGUCAGUAUGCCUUACCUUUACUGGUUCCUGACCCAUUUACAGCUGAGAUUGAAUGUCCUCUAUGGGCAUUCAGACAAAUAACUAAAACAUGGAAGGUAACCAAGGGGGAUUCACAAGCCACCAUGAAGAAUAUUCCAAUCUGCAAAGCUGAAACACCCUUGGUAUCUUUUUUCCGCCUGGGAGCACUAUCGGUGUCCAAGUCCCAGCUGAUGAACUCCUUGAUCAAUGACCGCCACAGCACAUUCUUCCACAGACACUGUCCUGGGAGCACCAAAUCCCGACUUUUACUAGAUGGAGUUGCUGAAAUUACCUGGUACUGCCCGGCUGGAAAACCCGGUGAUGCCUUCAAUAACUGCAUUGCUUUCUGUAACCUUCAUGGUGAUGCUGUGAUGAUUGAAAAACAGCGUGACAUACUGAUGGAAAAGUCAUCAGUCAAUGUUGUGAUGGUCCCAAAUCUCCAAAAAGAUGAUGGGAGUAGGAAAAUUAUAUCAGCUCUGUGGAAGUCCAAAAAGCCUCUGAUUUGUCUCCUUGUUGAUGACGAUGGUGCUGUGGAGGGUAGGAAGGGAAAAUACAAAAUGGGACUCAAAGCAAAAAAUCAGGCAGAUGUUUCUGUUGAACUUAAAAGAAUCAUUCAAGCACUUUUGUCUUCAGAGGAUCCUUCAAUUUUAAAAACAACCUUCCAGCUUGAAACCAUUUCGGAGAACUCAGAAAUCAAAUUGGAUGAAAGCAACAAUGCGUGCCAAAAUGGAAAAUCGGCUGCUGUGAAGAUAACUAAUUUGUUUCAGAAUAGAGAUGUUUCAAGCAUUAAGGAUUACUUUCUUUCUUACCAAGGCCAUCUGUGGCUGAAGUGGUGCAAAACAAAUAAGGAACUCCAUCGUCUCACAGGAAACAUCGAAAAUGACAAAUCCAAAAAGGAAAGAGAACUGACUCGAAUUAGAGGACAACAGUGUGACACUUCUUGCAGUGAAUUGAUGAGGUUGUUCACGGAGAACCUCUUCAUACUACCACCAAAAGACAAAGAAUAUUUCCUGAAAUGGACUCAGAUCCUAACAGAUGCCCUCUCCGCAGAUUGUAUUUCUUCAAUCCUUCAAAGCUACGACAGCAAAUGGUCUGAGGUUAUGGCUUUGAGGAACAGUCACGACAAAUCAAAAAAUUUAGAAAAGAUGGAAACUGAGCUUGAACUAUUAUCAAAAAAACUUCAGUCUGCAACAUUUGGCUUGGAGCACAUUUUCAGGGAAAUGGGACAGAUCUAUGAGGCCCAUAAAACAAAACAUGGAGACAGUAAACCUGGUGAUUGGUGUGGCUAUCCCGAACUGGCAGCAGAUCUGCUGAUCUCAGGUCAUCCUCUGGAGCUGCUGGAUGGGGAUGCUGGCCAUGUUCCUUUGAGGUGGAUCUCCAGUGUUUUUGAUCAAGUCAUCAGGAAACUGGGCGACCUGAGAGUGUUUGUGUUGUCAGUUCUGGGCUUGCAGAGCAGCGGAAAAUCAACAUUGAUGAAUUCAAUGUUUGGACUCCAGUUUGCAGUGAGUGCUGGGAGGUGCACCAAAGGUGCCUUCAUGCAGCUGGUCAAGAUAUCAGAGGAGGUCAAGAAGGACAUUAAGUUUGAUUAUUUAUUAGUGGUGGACACUGAAGGACUGAGGGCUCUGGAACUGGAAAGUACUACUCUUCAACAUGACAAUGAACUGGCAACGUUUGUUGUAGGUGUGGGAAAUAUGACUUUAAUCAACAUCUUUGGUGAAAAUCCAGCUGAGAUGCAAGAUAUUCUGCAGAUAGUUGUUCAAGCUUCCAUGAGGAUGAAGAAGAUUAGACUCAGUCCAAGUUGUGUGUUUGUUCACCAGAAUGUUACAGAUGUCGCUGCAGCAGAGAAAAACAUGGAUGGUAGGAGGCGCCUGCAAGAAAAACUGGACCAAAUGACCCAACUAGCAGCCAAAGAAGAGGACUGCAAUUCAAACUGCUUCGGUGAUGUCAUUACGUUCAAUAUAGAGACGGAUGUGAAAUAUUUUGCUCAGCUAUGGGAAGGAAGCCCACCGAUGGCUCCUCCAAACCCAGGUUACAGUGAGAGCAUCCAAGAACUGAAGGCACAUAUCCUCUCUAAAGCCUCAACGUCCAAUGGGAUCAGUCUUUCACACCUCAAGGUACAUAUUCAGGACCUGCACUGCAAAAACUGA